CUUUCCCUAGGAUGCUGCAGCCUGAAGGCCCCGAAGCCUUGGAGGAAGGGGCAGCCCUGACAGCCCCACGGAAUGACUGCGUCAUCUGCUACUCUGCCUAUGACCUGUCAGUACACUUGCCUCGCCGCCUCUACUGUGGCCACACCUUCUGCCAAGCAUGCAUGCGGCGGCUGGACACCCCAGCCCAUGAACAACACUGGAUCCCCUGCCCACAGUGCCGUCAAAGUACCCCUAUGCCCCGAGGAGGGGUGACCAUGUUGGACCUGGACCUAGCUGCCUUUUUGGCAGUCAAAGCUGAACGGGAACCAUCAAGAAUAGAACCCAGGUCCUCUGUCCCCCUCAAAGUCAGCGCUACCAUCACUCAGCAGCCAGCCGAACUCUACCCCACCUUGCGCCCCCAACCCCACUUUCCUCAGCCUGGAUGCUGUUGCUGUGGCUGGGGAAGACUGUGCUGGUAUCCCCCCGGGAACGCUGAGGUCUAAAUUCUGGCUAUCUCCACCUGCACAAAGGAAACUGUGCUAGCAGCUUGCCUGCCUUGGAGCCACUGAUCAUACACAGUGCAAACAGAACAGUUUGCUAGCAGGGCAUCCUUCUUACAGUCCUGCGUGACCCAGCAUAGUGGUAUCACCCUGACCAGGGACAUCUCAGGCUAUAGCCUAAGGUCAGAGUCAAUGGCCAUAAUGCCACAGUAGGCUGGUGACUUCCCAUUAUACUUGUCUAGAUUCCCAUACCCCAAACUGGCCUGACUUUGUUUGGCCAGCCAACAUUCUGCUGUCUACGUCACCUGUAAACCCAGGACUUAGCAUAGAGAAUGGUUCCUAAGAGUCUGUGGGGCUGAGUGCGGGGGCCUGGACAGGGUCAGGCUAUGGCUGUACGAGAGUGGCUGGCCUCAGAGCAGGUCUUCCUCUCUGUAAGCAUCCAGAGGUAUGAGCCAGGAGGCAGGCUACCUCCUGGAGUCUUAUGUAUUCAUCUAUUCCACAGUGGUCACUGAACUCCUACCAUGAGCCAGACACUGUUCCGAGAGAGUCUGCUGCAACAUAAAGCUACCUCUUUGACAGGCAUCAAAGGGUGCCAUAGAGAGCCAGCUCCGACAAGGGUCUCGCCUGAGGUCUCACAGCUCAUUAUCCUAAUUCAAGGCUCCCAGCCUCCUUCCACCUCUGGUGACCCUAACACAGACCUUCUGUAGGUGCUCUAGGUUACAAAUUACUGACAAUCCCCAGGCCAAAGCUGCAAACCUCCAUCCCUCUAGGAAGGAGCUGUAUUCAGGAGCCCCUGGGAGGGGCCUCCUGGGGAGUGGUUGUAGGAUGGGGAGGAAAGAGAAUUUGCUGAAUAGACAUUGGGAAGACUCCUUCACUGGGCAAAGUCCCUCAAGCACCCAGGGACAGAGCUGGGCAGUGAGCAGAGCAGGGUGCUGGAGCUUGCAGGGCCCCUAGGGAAAUAGCUUGCAGGGGAGGGCCUAGUCCCCAUCCCAGGGGCUGGAAGGGAGCUGACCCAUCAGAGAGCACAUUUCACAGACACGUGGGCACAGACAGCCCUCAUCUGGGAAAAGACACUCAGAUAGGGUUCAGGCAAUGAGCACUGUGGGAUGGGGAAGGGCUCGGCCCUCCCCCCUCCCUCUGCAGAUAGAGACUCUGAGUCCUGGUCUGCCUCCACAGAAAGCCCUUCAGGAUCUAGCCCUACCCUUAAACUCAGAUUUGAAUCUGCUGACCCGAGAGCCUGGGUAUCUUCCCAGGCCACCUGAGGAAAUUCGUCUUCCACACCCACCUGGUGCAAAGGGCUUCUCUCUCAUCUCUGUCAGGUGCAUGGAUGAGCACGAUAAGGUUUGCAGAGUUCAGAGGAACACAGGAAGAGGAGGGCAACGUUCUCCUGGGGUCCCUAGGCUGCCCCAGCCAGAAUGAGAGCGUCUCGCCUGGGUGGUGUAGAGUGUCCAUUAAAUGUAUCUGGUGCCUACUGGUGGCUUCAGUGUCUACCUCUGUUAUGCUCCUGGCCAGAUGUUGCCCAUCCCUAGAAGAAGUUCCACCCCAAGAGAUUUGAGCUGGGGGCUCAGAACUCCUAGCCCCAGGGUGACAAGGGCCUGAAUAAGGCCUCGAGGCCAG